AAUAAUAAUCAUUUAGUUAAUCAUGACUAAAAGUAGGCAGCCAGGAAAGCCAGCCAAACUGGCAGGCUCUGGUCGAAAACUUGUAAGUGCGUUUAGACCUACAUCGGAUACUACCCCAGUGGAGGAUAACGAAUUUACAAAGGCAGCGAAAGAAAUCUGUCUUGGUUUGGCUAUAUUUCGAUUCAUUUUUGGCCGUGAAGACGAAUCUCAGAGUCCUCCAUUUCACGGAUUCAGUCCACACGAGAUAAAAUUUGCUGCAGAUAAAUGUUCUAUCAGAAGACGACAAGUAGAAAAUGAACACAAAGCACGGGGAGUUUUGUUCAACCCAUUCAUGGUUGGUAAACAACGGACAAUACCUUUGUCAUCUCCUUUCGGAGGAACUUCUCAAAGUAGGCCUAGUGGUGCAAUCAAUAAGCAAGUUUGCAAGAGUGAAGAUGUAAAACAUGUGCCAAAGCCUUCUUCAAACGAGAAUAUACUCAGGAAGAAAACUCUCAAACAUCAAAUGCAGAAAGCUGUUAAGUGUCCAGGAAGAAAUGGAGAAACUCCCAGUGGAAGCCCCAAUCCUAUGAGGAGUAUUGCGAGAAAAUUUGUGUUGCCAGUGCGUAGUGCCCACUCGUCCAGAGUUAUCAAGCCCAACAAGAGAUUCAGAGACAUCGACGAUGAUACAAGUUCUCAUGACUCCAGUGAAGGUAUCAGAGUAAAGAAAUUGAGAGUUUCUGUCGAUACUACUGACGAUGAUUCCUCCAGCUCUUCGACUGGGAAGAAACUUGGAGAGUCUAGUGACGCGGAGAGCAUUAGUGGGUGGAGUUCGUCUGUGAGCACUGCAGGCUCCAGUGUGAAGGAUGAGGACUUCCAGCCUCGUGCUCGCUCCAAAGUUAUCCUGCGUAAGGCCAAACUCAAGGUCAAUGAGCCUGAAGCUCCUGCCAUCAAAGGUCCUUUUUCUGCAGGAGGUCCUUUGAUCCCGCAGAAAGUGGUUUGUGGCGUGUGUGGAGCCAUCCGAUUCUAUCGCUACUUGAAACAAGCUCGCAAGUUUGGCAUCUUCAGCUGUGAACCUUGUAGAAAGUUUAUAUCGAGAAUAAUGAACGCCCUAUGGAUUCGGAAGAACUCAGAUGUCAACACUGCUGAAAGAUUAUCAUGCAAAUCAGGAACGGGCCAUUGCUAUCUGCCUCAUUACGUAAAGGACCCCGGGACGGGAGCUUAUAAUGGUCAACGAUGUAAAGCGUGUUGGCUCAAAACCUGUCUCCAAACCUACCGCAUGCCUCAUGAGCUCGCCAGACCACUGUCAGAGUGGCUACCACGAUACAUGAGAGAGGACGACUCGUCUGAAGUGGUCAGUCUACAGAAACCAAAGAUUGAAAUGGACCGAAAAAGAAAACUCGACGGUGAUAUAGCUAAAAUCAUUACAAAAAGGGCCUUAAGAACUAUAGCAAGAAAGGAUGCAGAUACAAAAAUGAAAACAAAACCUGGACUGACAGUGAAUAAAGUUAUCAGGAAGAUAAACCAGGAGAUUAAAGAAAAGAGGCCACGUGGUCGUCCAAGGCUGCAUCCUAAACUAGAUAAAGAUGGCAAACCAGAGGGGAAAGAAGACAAGCUCUCCAGAAUUCAACGGAAAAGAGAAGAAAAGCUAGUUAGGCUCCAUAAAUUGAAAGGGCCGAGAGUCAAGCAUGUUUGUAGAAGUGCAUCGCUCGUGCUGGGACAACCCGUGGCUACAUUCACAGACACAUCACCGUCUAAACAGAAACAGACCAACUCAGGAAAAGCAACUGACGAUGGAACUGCUUCCGUUACGUCUGAUCUUUCCAGGAACAGCCGGUCGCUUGAGGAUCUGGAUGGAAAGAGUUCAGAGUCUGGUUCAAGGAUUAGACAACCUUGCAACGAUAGUGAAAGUUCAAAGAAUAAAUCUCUCCCCAAAACCACUGGAAAUAGUGAUUCUACCGAAGAAGGCCUAUUGGAUGGAAAGGCAAGAACUCUGCAAGACCUCUCUCGUCAGCAUUAUGAAUUGGUCAACGGUGAAACUGCUGGGGACGACCUUGGACUCAUCUCCAUUCACUUCUGGGAGAGUUACGAUCCUGAGGAGGUCGGCAGGAAUGGCUUUGCUCUGAUAGGAAUCGGCGAUGCUUCCCUCCCGAGUGCAAUAUGCUUCAUUUGUGGCAGCGCGGGAUUAGACAAGCUCAUCCAUUGUGUGUGCUGCUGUGAGCCGUACCACCAGUACUGUGUGGAGGCUAGUGGCAGCAGUGGCAGUGAUGGUGACUGGUGGCAGGUGGACUGGGUGUGUGCCAGGUGUACACUAUGUUGUGGCUGUGGACGUGGUGGAGGGUCCCAGGUGGCUUGUCAGAAGUGCCACAAGUCGUACCACACUGAGUGUCUCGCGGCCGACCGUGUGGCUAGCAGACUACACUCUGCAGAUAGACCUUGGGUGUGCCAAUCCUGUCUAUGCUGUAAGAGCUGCAACCAGGCAGAAGUGUACAAGUUUGUAGGCAACCUGCCACUGUGUAAGGUCUGCUUCAAGUUGAGACAGAAGGGUAACUUUUGCCCUCUGUGCCAGAGGUGCUAUGAUGAGAAUGACUUCGACACUAAGAUGAUGGAGUGUGAACGCUGCAAAUGUUGGGUGCACGCUAAGUGCGAGGGCCUGUCAAACGAGAAAUACAACAUACUCAGUAUCCUGCCUGAUAGUGUUGAGUUUGUGUGCAAGAUGUGUUGCAAAAUGCCUCCUGCACCUUGGUGGCUGGCUGUAGAAACAGAAAUGAAGGCAGGAUUUCUGGCAGUUUUGAAAUCCCUCAGCAAAAACCGUAAAGCUUGUGACCUCCUCAAGUGUAGUCCAACGAAAAUGCCAUAUCCAGUUUGUAAUUGCGGAGUUGGAGCUCGACAGAGGACCGUGUUGAGGUUCCCGGACAUUAGUGAACAGUCUGACGCCGAAUCCUCAGAGAAACUGCAAAGUGAGAGUCAAAAGGAAGAAACCUUGAAAAGUGAAGAGGAGUGCCUUAAAAGUCUACCAACCUUUUCUGCGGAAAACGCCGAAAGUCUAGCCUGUGAUCCAAAAAAUGAAACCUCAGAAAAGCAAUUGAAUUUAUGUGAUACAAGGACAAAGUUUAGUGCAGCUGAUGGUUCAAUGAUUGCCAAAAGCGGUGAGCUACAACUGAAACUGGACAGUGACACUAUCAGUUACCAGAACGGAGAGGAGAAGCCAUCUCAGUUCUCUCCUCAUGCGACCUCUCAAAGUGAUUCAGGGAUUGGAAGCACUGAUGAUGAACUUAAAUCAACAAAUGACCAAUGUAUCUGCCUGGAGCUAGAGUCUUGCAACAAAACUCCCGUGUCACUGCUCACCAUUAAAAAGAAAGUUAACUCAAACGAUUAUGAUUCCUUGGAUUGUUUCAACAAAGACAUGGAGGAAAUGAUGACAAUAAUCCACAAUGAAGAGUUGUUAAAAAUUUAUUAUCAAACACUAGAAGAUAUAUUUCCUUGGUUCAAUCCUAAAGGCACUGAUGUACCUGAUCCCACAACAAGAAUAAAUCAUCCUUCAGAAACCACAAAAAAUGUUGAAACGGUUCCAGACAAAAAACCUGAUGAAAUAGUCCUGGAAGAUGUUAGUGUUACGCUAAAGGGAAAACUUAAUUUGACCUCUGACUAUUACUACAACUUAGAUAAAUCGGUGGAUAAUCGAAUGUGUGUUCUUUGUAAGCAACUGGGCGAAGGAAAAACAACUGAAGAAGGAAGGCUUCUGUAUUGUGGCCAGAAUGAUUGGGUUCACACAAACUGUGCUUUAUGGUCCAGUGAGGUUUUUGAAGAAAUAGAUGGAUCCCUCCAAAAUGUACAAAGUGCUGUUUCCAGGAGCAGACACAUACGAUGCUCCCAUUGUUCAAAGAAAGGUGCCAGUGUCGGUUGUUGCAAUAGAACAUGUCCUGAAGCUUAUCAUUUCCCAUGUGCCAGGGAAGGUGACUGUGUUUUUUAUGAAGACAAGUCAUUGUUUUGUGCCAACCAUAAAAAUGAUACUGUUUCUUCCAGACUCUUAACCGCUGGACCAGACUUUCUUGUGUCACGCCCUGUUUAUGUUGAGCUAGAAAAGAAGAAGAAGAAAAGUGUUCCGAGACAAAGUAUAAAAUUGGUGAUCGGUUCUUUGACCAUCAGCAGCCUUGGAGACUUCAACGCUGAUUUGUCAGACCAGGAAUCUUCGAUUAUACCAUGCAAUUUUCAGUGUACACGUUUAUUUUGGUCUUCCGUUGAACCUUGGAGAUUGGUGCAGUACCACAUUAGAACAAAGAUUGUUUAUACUUGUGAAACAUCCCUGGAGGAUGAAAAUUAUACCAUUGAUCAUUCAUUUGAAGAAAAUUGUGUGAGUGGAGAUGAAGAUUUCAGUCUAAAUAUGGAAAUUGAAAAUGAUACAUGUACAGUGAAUGAAGAUGUAUGUAUGGAGAAAGAAAUUAAGAUUGAAGAAACUCUCUUUGAGGUUGAUGAAAAUGAAGUUAAAGAAACUUUGGACCUCAUCAUUGACAAUGUUUGCAUCAAGGAAGAAGAUGAUCCGCAGGCAUCAGAUGACCUGCUCCCUCCCGACCUUGAAGAAGCUCUUUUUAUGGAUCUUCCUCAUGAUUUAAUUGAUGGAAUAUCAAUGCAAGAUAUUUUUCCUAAAUUAAUGAAUUUUGAGCCAUCUAAUUUGGAAUUCAAGCCAGAAAAAGAAUGUAAACCCAUUAUUAAAACAAAUCCUAGCAUUCAGAGCUCUGGUAAAGUAAAUAUAAACUAUGAUCUCUUCCCAAAUAUUUUUGAAAGCAAAGUUAGUUUGAAAAGAAUAGAGUUGAAAGAGAAAUGUGAAGUUCAGCCUGAUGGCUUGCCGCCGAGAAAACUUAGGUCACGCAGUACAGAUAAAAAGAAGAUUGACAAAUCUGAAGGCAAAGAGAACUCCAAAAAAUUUAGCUUGUCAAAAAUUCUACAAAUUGAUGGUGCGGGGGAUGAAAGUAGUGAUGCAGAUUCUUUAUCUGAUGAGAUAUCAUCUCCGCCAAGUUUGCAGACUCAAAGACUCAAUUGCAGACCACAAUUGUCUAAACAAGACUCAUAUCUAAUAAACGCCAAAGAUGAUUAUAUCAGUUGUAGUAGUGAUUGUAGCAGUCCUGAAAGAGAUCUUAAAGAUGGGUGGAAACUCAGUCAGUUAGAUGGAGUCACAGAUUUUUGUACGGUAAAAGAUAAAUCUGAAGAUGAAAAUCCAGUAAAGUGUGCUCGAUGCCACAGGACAUACCGCACUGCACAAAGUUUGGAACGGCACUUGCAAACUUGUAAUGUAGACUUUCUCUCAUGCAGUGAAAGUGAUUCUAGUGAAGAAGAGAAAACCAACUCGCCAGAAGCAAAACUAGAGAUUGUAGGGAAUUCAAAUUCAAAUUUUCCAACGAAAAUUCCUGAAUUGAAAUCAAAUGUAGUGGAAAUUGAUACAGAUAAUAAUCAACACCAAAGAUCCUCCGACUUUGACGAAAAAACCAAACUUGCAGUUGAGUCACAGGAACUAUCCUCUUUGUACAGUAAAAACUUGGUAAACCCACCUAUUACCAUCACACCACCAUCUAGUCAAACAUAUUCAUCAAGUUUUGAAACCGCAAUUCCUAACUGCUCUGUAGUUCUAAACAAAAUAGAUGACUCAUCAAUUUUUGGAACUGCAAUUCCUAAUUGUUCUGUAGUUGGAACUGCAAUUCCUAAUUGUUCUGCAGUUGGAACUGCAAUUCCUAAUUGUUCUGCAGUUGGAACUGCUAUUCCUAAUUGUUCUGCAGUUGGAACCGCAAUUCCUAAUUGUUCUGCAGUUGGAACCGCAAUUCCUAAUUGUUCUGCAGUUGAAACUGUAACUCCUAAUUGUUCUGUAGUUCUAAACAAAAUAGAUGACUAUCACACAUAUCCUGCCAAACAAAAAAUUAUGAGACCUUCUUACGAAUGUGAGGAUACCCUCUUAACAGUUAGUCCAGCUUGUGGCAGGACUUCUCCUGUUAGAAUUCGACCGGUUAGCAGGAAGACAUACAGCAGGAGGAAACCAGAUUGUACUUCGACUACAAUGAGUCUUGUACAGCCAAAAACAGUAGAAUAUCAAAUAUCCAAUCCUCCUGCGCUCAUCAUUCAUCAAGUACCGUCUCAUAAUGUCGUGCCAUCGUACAUUGAAAACUUACAGACACAACCAGCUGUCCAGGCCAAUAAUAUCCAAUACCAAUACAUCACAACCCUGGACAUGCAAGAAAAACCGCAACAGAUUCCUGUGACAUUACAAAUACAGCCUCAGAUCAGCCUGCAACCUGUGAUAGCUCCUACUGUGCUUGGUACGCUGAUACAACCCAACGGAGUGGAGCAACUGGUAGUGAAUGCUCCAGAUCAACAAUCAACAAUGGUUAUCAAUCAGCAACCUACCAAUGUUUACCUCACCAAUGUCAACCCUCAGCCUGUGUACAUGGGUAUGGAGACGGUUAUCAGCAACACGGUCAUGUCCACGAGUCAGUUUGUGUCUGGAGUAAUAACAGGCAGCAGCUACUCGGCAACCACUACACAAGUCUUCCAAACAGCAAAACCUGUCAUAGACGUACCUCAGAGCUACGUGGUGGUCAAUACACCACCAAAUCCCGUACAGAACAAUGUUCAAACUGUCUACCCUCCAUCAGAUUCUCAACCUUGGACGUACAACUAUCAGGAAACCUACAAGGUCAAAGAGCGCACCACUUAUCAACAGGUAACGAGACAAGUCACACAGGAAGAUUUGAACAGCAUGAAAAUGGUGAACUCGGCUCAAGACUCCAUUUUCAUCAAUAAGCCUGUUGUCCAAGAGGUGACAGUCGAGAAGACGCACAGCAUACAGAAAACAGUCCCAUUGCCUGGGUUGCCUUACUCCUUUAGCAACGUUAAUUCAGCAUCAAUAAAUAAUCACUUAGAUAAUACUCAGUAUUCUCAUGAAAAGGUUGUUUUUAAUAACCACUCUUUGACAAACUGCUCUUCAAAUUUCUGGAAUGAACAAAGAACUCCGAAAAUUAUGGAAAUAAGUGAUGAACAAGAAAAGAUGUUAGUUCCUUCCUUGAGAACUAAUGAAUUGAGCUCGCAGAUGAAUCAAUCUAUUCAACAACCAAUGUUUGAUGGAACCACCUGUAAAAAUAUCAACAUUAGUCAACCAGUUCAAAAAGAAAGAAAUUUGAUUAAACCUGUCAUUAAUUCAGUAGAUAGUAUCAACGUUAGUAAACCCGCAUUAAUCAUAAGAAAGUCACCAAUUAAGCCUGUCAUAACAAAAGUAAAAGCUAGUUCUAAAGAGAAGACAAAUAGCUGUAACGUCUUUUACGUGAAUUCCCCACUAACGAAUCUAAAUCUGUCAAAUGAUAAACAACCCCCAUGUACAACAAUUGCAAAACCUGAUACUGUCAAAUCUGAACCAUUACUGGAAAAAAUUGAGCCUAUUAUGAAUAACACUAAAACUACUAAACAAGAAAACACAGUUGUCAACACCAAAAGCAAAGCAGUCCAGAAAAGGCUUCCUUUAAAAGAAAACAAAGUGGUUGGAAAUAAGCAGAAACCCUGCAAAAUUAGUAAGAAAAGUUCCUCAGUAGCUAACAUGGCUCAUCCCAAGUUAAUGUACGAGAUUACAUCACAAGAUGGAGUUUCCAUAUGUUCUCAAGACGUGGAAGACGCUUGGCAGAAGAUAUUUGAUGCUGUGCAAGAGGGAAGAUCGAAAAAGCGGUUGCCUCCUUUGCCUCGCAACUCCCAGAAGUCGUACGCGGAAAUACUCGGGCUCGAAAACAACAGUGUGAAAUUCUUACUGGAACAAUUACCGGGUGUGAAGAGCUGUACCAAGUACAAACCUGUGUAUCACAAGACAAAGCUGUUUGGGCACAGUGAAGUGCUGCGAGAGAACCCAACUGGCUGUGCUCGUACUGAGCCUAUUUCUAACAAGAAGAGAAAAUACGACAUGUUCAGCUGGCUGGCAUCAAGACACAGGCAACCUCCAAAGCUUAUUAUUAGCACUGAGGCGGAAAUCAUCAAUGGAAUCAGUCGCCGAGCCACCAGUACAAGUCUGCCGAUGGCCAUGAGGUUCCGCCACCUGAAGGAGACUUCCAAGGAGGCUGUCGGAGUGUUCCGCUCAGACAUACACGGUCGGGGGCUGUUCUGCCUCCGAGACAUCGACGGUGGUGAAAUGGUCAUCGAGUAUGCUGGAGAGGUGAUUAGAGCUGGACUGACAGAUAAGAGAGAACACUACUACACUUCCAAGGGCAUCGGAUGUUACAUGUUCCGCAUCGAUGACCAUUUUGUAGUCGAUGCAACGAUGCACGGCAACGCGGCAAGGUUCAUCAACCAUUCCUGUGAGCCAAACUGCUACUCCAAAGUGGUUGACAUCCUUGGAAAGAAACACAUCUUAAUUUUUGCUCUCAGGAAAAUCGUCCAAGGCGAAGAAUUGACUUACGACUAUAAAUUCCCACUAGAAGACGAAAAGAUCUCUUGUCACUGCUUGUCGAGAAAAUGUCGUAAAUACCUCAACUAAGAUCGAGGACGCAAGGGCGUACUACACAAACUACUUGUUAUCUCGUUAAUUAUCUCUCGUAUUUUUUAGAAGUAAGGUACAACAGUAUCAAUUCUGUGAUAUUAUUUUCUCUUCUCGAAAGAGAAUUACCGUUGAGUUCUAGUUUUAGAUUUUUAAGGGUUAGUAUAAACUAGCAUGUGGGACUAGUGGAAAAAAUAAUAGUUCCAGCUAAGAUAAUAAUUAUGAUACGUUACAUGAAGUAACAAGGAAUCUAAUGAUCUUCAAAUUUAGUAUAAACUUACAAUUACUAAAAAGAAGUUUUCUCGUAAAAUCCCAUUUUCUUGGCAAAUAAUUUCAUAAUUAAUAUUGAUAUACGUUUUACAUGUUUUUGGUACCGUAUGUACAUCUUGCUAGUAUA